UUGAAUUCAGUGAAUUCUCUGUAGAUUUUAAUGAUUUUUCAUUCGCGAUUUAACGUCUUGCGUAUAGUGGAUAUUACUAUAUCGAAACGACAAAGCGAUUGCGUGUGGUUCGGGGUGGGAGUAAUAAUCUUGGAUAGUGGGGAUGAUACUUCAAGGUAGCAAGCAAGGUAGUUGUCCCUCAAGAUUAUCAUUCGCUUCCCGGUACUCACCUGUACAGGUGACCACGUCCCGGCUGAGAUCGUCAGGCUUAUCGUCGUGCCGAACUUGUCGUCGUCCUUACUGCGAAUACUUCAAAGAAAUGAAUCACCCUUGGGUGCUACUUUUUUUCGCAGUGUGCGUACUGUGGACCCUCGGCGAGACUGGCCCCUGCGAUCUCUGUGGACGAGAAUGCGCCAACAUAUGCGGCACCCGCCAGUUCCGCGCCUGUUGUUUCAAUAAUGUGCGAAAGAGACAUUCCGAUUCCUUCGGCCUGAAAUUCUGGAUGAGACCGCGAAGAUACGCGCUCCUUUAUCCGGCCUACGACGAUUAAUCAUCGCACCAUAUAUCUACACUAUUAUGGAGAAUACGCACGAUAUAAGCUAGUUACUGCUCAAUGUUAUUUGUCCACGCGCACCGUUCAACUGAAGUUGCAUAAUGUUGCCCUUAAAAUUUUUUUGUGCAACUUUUCUUUCUUACUCCUUCGACAACACGCUUGUUGAUUCUCGUAACCAAAAUUAAAGGUAUCACGCAGCAGCAAUUACUUGGAUACGAUUCUUUAUACAGCACGAACUCUUUCACCCGAUUUUAUAUGUACGUUAUAAGAACGCAUACUUGAUUAGCUUUGGUGUAGGAAUUAAAUUAUAUGCACACACAUACGCAUAUAUGAAAUGACCAAUAUUAUUGAAAAAAUAUAAAAUGAGUUUUUA